AUGGACCGGUCUUCGGUCGGGGUCGGCUUCUUCGUUUACCUCGGGCGAGAAGUCAAGAUGACUAACAAUCUGAGAAAGAAAGUCGGAAUACGCGGAAAAGCCGGUUAGGCUGCCUUUAAGAACAUUCGAUAAGUCACGAGCCAACUAAAAGACCCAAGCUAAGUGCUCAAAUCUUUGAAGUCUCUGUCAUUCCCGCCCUAACCUACGCGUCCGAAGUAUGGGCAGACUUCAAUUAGACAGCCACCGCCCUGUGUACCAGCUAUCGCGCGCUCGAAAGAUUUCUUCUCGACACCACACGUUACCAACAGUGAAUCCAACAACAACGAAGCACGUACCUUUGACACAAGUCGCAAAUCCGCGAAAUCUAAACUGAAAAAAAGCCGAGGAAAACACCGUUGGAAACGUUUUGAGAAGAGCUGACGAUAGGUAGAGCACUCAAACAGCUUUCUGGAUUCCAAUAGACAAGCAACCCAUCGGAAGACCACCGACCAGGUGGGCAGACCUUUUCCGGAGGAACAUCAGCCGUCCUCGUCAACAUUGAAUAAGCGUGGCGAGAGACAGGUGAGAAUGGAGAACGGUUGGUCCGCACUGAGCACAUCAGAGAAAGCGGACCAUCAAGGUUCGUAAGCAUAUUCGUCAAAAUGUUCUUUUUUCUUGAACAAUGUUUCUCAAUCUUAUUUUCUCGAUUUUUCAGAUUCGAUCUCAAAAAACUGGCAGAGAGCCAAGCAAAGAACGGCAAGCAGUACAGUGUCUACGGGCUACUUAUUGAUUCAGCUUCUACUCCUCAAACUAUCAGGUUUUAAAUUUUCUGUGGUUAAAAGCGAAAUGAACUUUUCCAAGAAACAUGCCAGCUACUCUGUCUUAUUUGGAAAGACAAAUGGGAGCUGUGACUUUCGAGUAUUUGAAUAAAGUUGGCCUCAACAGUUACCCGAAUGCGAUGGCCUUGUGGUUCAGUUAGUCAGAUUUUUCGAAAAGAAAUAAUUUUCAAAGUUUUGACGAAUUCAGACAAGCAAGUUCACGACCUCAACCGACUUGUAUAUGACUUGCCUGUGAAAAAAGCAGAUAUACCUGGACACGAAAAAGUCUCGAAAUAGCUGAAGAAGAGAUAUUUUGGGUUGUUAUUUCAGAUUUGUUACAACUACCUGAACAAGGAGGAGUUCAUCAUGCAUUUCUAUGAAGAUGCCGGUUACAAGGUGAAUCGAGAAGCUUUUCAAAGAAACUUGCCUGGGUUUUUUUCAGACUUUUCUCGCUGAAGAUUGGGCCCGAGGCGCUCUUUUAUGGCCUAACUGUAACGGGUUUUAUUAUCAGCCAACGACCCAUUUUAAUAGGUAAAAACUAAGAUUUGGAACACCACAGUCGUAGAAAAAAUACAGCAUAUAAGGCUCUGAAGUAAUAGUUUUUGCUCACAUUCGAAACACGACUUUUAUUUAUUUUUUGGUGUAUCAGAAUCCAAAAAAAGUUUCAGACGACUUCAAAAAACACUCAUAAAAGCUUACCUUAAGACAUCAAAUAAUCCGUUUACACGGCUUUGAAAAUUUUAUCAUAUGUCUAUGAGCAGGCUGUAGAGGAAAUGGUCUCAAAACCGACUGGUCCUAUUUUUUAUGCGCACUCGAAAUGGCUUCCGCAACACAGAUUUUUCUUAUAUCUUUCUUUUGUAAAGAGAAAAGUAGAGAAAAAAUUUGUUUCGAAUUUUAAUUUAGUAGUUUGUCCCCGUAAUUCUGCAAUAUUUUUUUAUUGACUGUGGAAGGCUAUGAAACUAUAUUAUUUAUUAUUUAAAAAAACUUCCACAGCGUUUUUGAAGUCAAUAAAUAACUUAAGUUUUCAAAUUAAGACCCUACCAGAUCCUACUGGAAGAAUCGAAAAAGAUUAUGUCGGAGCGGAGUCGAACUUGCAUGGAACACCAUAUCGAGUUGCUCGACUACCUGGGAAAGUUCAUUGAAUCUUACAAAGGUAUAUAGUAAUUUAUAUAAUAAUCAAGCAGAAAUUGGUCAGGGGUUCCGAAAUUCGGGUGGAUUUGGUCUUCGGAGGUGUCACAUAACUAUCUCAUAGGCUCCGCCCAUAUGGACUUGGAUUUCAGAAACUUUCUUCUGAAACAUCGUGAGGAAGUUAGUUUGUAUACUGUACUUCAUUUGCUGAAGUUAGAAACUCCCUGGUCGCACUAAGAAUGGCUCAAAGCGUUGCGGUGUCGCUGGAUUUCAAUUUAGAAUUUUUAAAAUGACACGGCUAGUGACGCCAAAGCUAAAGUCUGAACGCCGAUGCGCGCAAGUCGGUUUUUGGUCGGUCACACAUUCAAAGUGACUUCUACGAGUUGAGCCAUUCUCCAUGCGACCGAUGAGUAUAAAACCGAGGUAACUAAUUUAUUUCUUUUUUACUAAUUUUUGAAAUUGAAGCUGGACAAUUCGUUUGUGUUUUUCAUGGGCGACCACGGUCUUCGAUUUGGCAAGGUUAGUUUCUAAAGUGGAAUUUUUCUGAGUUAGCUUCCGAAUUACUUCCUAUGGAGAUCGUAGAAAAAAAUAAUAAAUCAUAUUUUAUAUGUUCCAUUUAAAAGUUUUCACCAAUCAUCUUCUGCUACCUUGAUUUAUUUUUAUAGAAUUUUCGAAGACUUUCUCAUAUUUUUAGCGUAAUUUUCUCAACUCCUUUUGAAAGUCCUCAAAGAAACUUUUCCAUUUUAUCUAUGAAGAAGUAUCUCGAUUUCUCACGUUUAAGAAACUUCUUUAAUACUACAGUACUCUCGAACGCCUCACGGCAACUUCGAAGCGAACAACGCCCAUCUUUCAAUAUCCAUCCCUCGAGAGCUCCGAAGUUCCACUGAAAUCAUUUCGAGGCUUCGCGAAAGCUCCAAGAAAUUACAGACCCACUACGAUGUGUUCGCAACUCUCCGCGACAUUGUUGAGGUUCGAGAAAAAGUUUUUGUUGUUUAAAUACAAUUUUCCAGUUUCAACCAUCAAAAAACUACCGAGACUACGAGCCUAUGGCGGCAGCUUUCGAACGAGGACAUUCUUUUUUGAGACAUCAACCAGAAAUGGACAGAAAUUGCAAGGUUUCGAAGGCUUGAAAUGAAAAACAUUAUUUAUUUGAAGACACUCGGAAUUCCUUUCGCCUUCUGCCCGUGUGAAUACAACACGACCAGAGUUGAUAAGUGAGUUUAUAUGUCCAAUAUAGACUUUUUCGAACAUUUUUCGACUGAGUUGUAGUUGAGACCGCUCCUAAAAUUGCACAACUUAAUAGCUUCAAAAUAGUUUGAGACGCCUUUUGUGGUCAGAUAAAUGAUUUCUUCUCGGCUUAUUUGAAGGAUAUGCACUAACGUGGCGACUAGCUCUUCGACUCGAGACCUUUUUUUAUUUUUCUGCGUUUAAACAUUCUAGAUAUAAUUCUUUGAAAGACCGGCCCAAAACUGUCUGGUCUCACAAAGAUUUUGAAAUCUGAACUCCUUUCUGAAUCAGACGCUUUUCAGUUUAAUUUCAUUUUGUUUCGGAAUCACCUUCAAACAAUGCUCUCUCACAACAACUCCAAUUCAUAAAAACGACAAAUUUUGUUCAGAACUUCAAAACUGGCUGAAUCGAUUGGUCGUUUUCUCAUUGCGCACAUAAGAAAAUCUUUAGAGAAAGCUGAUAUUGUGUACAAAUGCGCUCCAGUAGUCUUUGAAACGGUAAGUCUCCAAUAGUAUUAUGGUCGCAUGUGGAAUGGAUCAGAGCGUCGUGGUUGAGAAGAAAUAACACACUUGUCAGUACCAACUGCUUUAUUUGCAUUAUUCAAGCGCAGAGCCAUUCUACGUGCUACCAAAGUUAAAACACUUCACCUGAAAGAAAAGUUUUUUUUGAGGUUCUUGAAGUGCAAGCCUACGAGUAUAUGGAGUCCAAAAAGUCUCAACUUUAUCAUGUCACUGUCAAGGCGGCUCCUCCGAACAACGGAACUUUCAAGGUUUUCCGAAUUCCUUGUUAGCUUCAGUAUUCAAAUAUCGGAUUUCAGACGGUGAUUCUGAAACGCGGCUCACCUGAAGACGGUUUCAAUGAACCUUCCGUAUUUGGAAUCGCCUCCAGAACAGUAGAUCGACUAGAUUUUUACGGCGCGAGUGGUAACUGUGCUCCAUACGAACUCGCCCAUUUCUGCCACUGUAUUCCGUUUUCAACCACAACUCAAGCCGCGACGCGGACCGCAACGCGGACCACAACUCAAACCACCACGAAGUUUGUGACCAAGGAGUAUGACCCAUUCGAUGUAGAACCCUACGAUUACCUCGGCUAG